AUGUCGUAUGAAGACCCUGACGCAUUUGGAUUUCUGGAUCCUCAAGAUGUCAUACGUGGCAGCCACUUGAUUCCAGCGUUUGUUCAUAGGGAAACUCAAGAAUAUCUUCCAAAGUCGGUUGCUCGCCGCCAGUCCCGUGGAGACCAAGACUGGCGAUUCUAUUAUGCCAAUAUGGUCGUUGAAGCUCAGUUGAUGGAUGAAAUCGAGACAAAUGUCUUUGGCAAAGGCGUCAUGGCCAAACGAGACGGGGAGCUGGCCGACGUAGAAACCUCUGGAGGGUCAAAAAAGUCUCGGGGGUGGUUGGGCGGACGGGGGAAAUCGAAACCACCGCCAAAAGUCGACGACGAAAAUGCAUUGUAA